AUGGAUGGGAAGUUAAUGAAGCAAGAGAAAUCACAGGUGGGGAAAUCGUGCCUCAUGGGCAGGUUUUGCUCUAACAAGAACAUGAACAGAUCCCUCAUUCGGACUAUCCUGGGAAGAGUCUGGGGCUUAGCGGAAGUGGAUUGGGGAGUGAAGAUCAAAAGGGUCACAACUGAAGCUACGUUUAUGAUUUUCUCUUUCAAGAAUGAAAAUGAUUUGAAAAGUAUUGUGAAUAAGUCACCAUGGCUGUUGAACAAUGGAGUAUUGAUUCUUCAACGAUUCUCAAAGAUUUCGACGAAGUGGGAGGACGAAUUGACCCGCUUUCUUUUGACGGGGAGGGUGUUAAAUCUUCCUACGAAAUCAAUAACUCGGAACAAUAUGCUACGGUUAGCAUCAAUGGCGAGCGAGGUCAUUGAAAUCCAAAAAGAAGAAGUAACUAAGAUUACUUUGAAUGGUUUUUUCUGGUUCAAAGUAUGGAGUUCGAUUGAUAAACCUAUUUGUUCGGGGUUUCUUUUUCCGAGUUCUAGGGGGCGGGUUUGGUUGCCGUUCAGGUAUGAACGAUUACCCUUUAUGUGCUUCAGCUGCGGGCGAGUAGGUCACGACUUCAGGACAUGUGCAAAGAAACCUGAGAAAAUUUCUGAUGGUGAGAGUAAAAGUUCAGCGGCCUAUGGUGCGUGGUUGAAAGUUGAAUAG